AAUGCCGACAAAUCGAACAAGAAGCGGAAGUCCUGUUGAAGAGAAAACAUUUGUUAGGAGUUUGUUAGCCAGCUACCUAGCUUUAACUUAUGUUAACGUAGAAAAGAGAGAAAACUGUUGAUUUACAGACAGCUAAAUUCGGCUUUGCGCUGACUGGCUAGUCCUGUUGGACUGACUCGGCAGUUUAUUUGGGAGAGGACAAAGAGAGAGGUAGCUAGGAUGGAUCCAGCUCUGCUUAGGGAGAGGGAGCUGUUCCAAAAGAGAGCUCUGUCCACUCCAGCUGUAGAGAAGAGACCGGCCGCAUCAGACUCUGGAUCUCACAAGAAGAAGAAGCCUAAAGUGGACAAGGACUCCUCUGGAUCCAAAAACAGCUCUGAAACUGCAAAUGGAAACAUCAACAUCAAGGCAAGCUCUGGGUACAAGUUCGGCUGCCUGGCCAAGAUUGUCAACUACAUGAAGACGAGGCAUCAAAAUGGCGACACACACUUCCUGACUCUUGAUGAGAUACUGGAUGAGACCAAACUUCUUGACAUCAGCAUGAAACAGAAGCAGUGGCUAAUGACUGAGGCCCUGGUCAACAACCCAAAAAUCGAGGUUCGUGACGGAACUUAUGGCUUUAAGCCCAAAUACAACCUGAAGGACAAGAAAGCCUUACUGAGGCUGCUGGACAAACACGACCAGCUGGGCCUGGGAGGAGUGCUGCUGGACGACGUAGAAGAGGGACUCCCUAAUGCAGCCAAGGCCAUCAAGGCUUUGGGGGAUCAGAUUGUGUUUGUAACGAGACCAGACAAGAAAAAGAUCCUGUUCUACAAUGACAAGCAUUGCCAGUUUGUAGUAGAUGAAGAAUUUCAGAAGCUGUGGAGGAGCGUACCAGUGGACUCCAUAGAUGAGGAGAAAAUUGAGGAGUACUUGAAAAAACAAGGCAUCUCUUCCAUGCAAGAGACUGGACCAAAGAAAGUGAUGCCGGUUCAAAAGAGAAAGAAGCAGAGCGGGCAGAGGAAGAGACAGUUUAAAACCCACAACAACCAUCUGGCCGGAGUUCUGGAGGACUACUCGGACGGCGUGCCUGCAAAGAAGUGAAGCGGCUCGCUAGAAUCCGAGGCGGCUGGAGAUGGAGUCGCUGGCUACACAACGUGGACUUUUCAUGACGGUUCUGUCAAAGCUAGCAUAAUGUUCCUUUAUUUCCAUUCCCUCCAGGGAUCAGUAGCCAUUCAUUACACGGAGCCAACAGCAGCAGUGUUAUGGAGCGCUUUUUAGAGUCCCUGGUCGAAACUUGAGGACUCUGGGGGGGGGGGAGGAAUCUUUAAGCACACAGAGGACUGAACAGAAGUGGGCACAUCAUCCAUACAGACGAAAUGUAAACGGGGCGAAUGUGUCAAUACUACUUUGAUCAUUUUAUUUAGUUUAUAGCAAAAGACGUGUUUCAUAUUUUCUUCUUGUGAACUCUCAGACUUCAGUGCUUUUACUUUGCAGAACCACAGUAUAGUGGUUCAAAAUAAAAGACUUUUGAACUUA